ACAAGAAGGGGUAACUUUCGGAUUUGCAUAUCAUUGUGCUCAAGCCUCAAUGUUUAACUUGGAGGCCACAUCACAUCAGUUGAAAACUCAUAAACCGACUGACAGACCCAGAAGAAACGCAGAGUAUCCAUGGAGGAUCGUCCUUCUCAAGACGAACCCCAAGGGGUCAAAACCCUAGUCUCAUUCUACUCCCACUAUCUAUGGAACCGAUUCUUCACUUUCCUUCCCUCGUCCAACUCCAAUGUUAUCGGGAAAAUCUUCAAUUUCUCCCGCCAAACAGCUCGCGCCUCUUCUCGCAGACGAAGGCCUUGCCUCCCUCUCCCCUUGCCAUCCUACUCUCCUGAAUCUUCUCUGGUCGUGAAAGAGGCUUCUGUGGUAUAUGAAGUAUUGGAGGAUAUAAUGGGCCACAUCUUAGUAAAUUUGCAUAAUGUAGAAAAGAAUUUGCGAUUUUGGCAAUCUAGAGCAGAGAGUUCUAAUUCUCGAAAAUUAUGCUUCAUGAUUUUCGAGAGAGGGCCUCGAGCUUUCAUUUAUGGAACAGUUCAGUUGGUGCAAGAAUGCAUUGCUGAUGGUCCUUCAGUGCACCAUCUUUGCCAAUCUGCAUCUGCUUAUAUAUCUGAGAGGCUGGAUGUUUUAACGACAUUAAGACGUGUGCUUGCUACAUUCUUGGCUGAGGUUUACAUGGAAGUUGACAGAUGUGGAGAAGAGUUGGUGAAGGAUCCAGAAAAGUCAUUCCCAUCAUUGCUAGUUACUAUUAAUAGUUUAUUUUCAAAUUUGGAGGCAUCAAUUGGCCAUCUACAUGCAAUUCGCAGGGCUGAUUCUUCUGUUGAUGGAAGCUAUUCGUUCCCUUUGCUGUUUGAGACACUGCCAGAAGUUAAUCAAGAAGGCUCUCAGUGGACUGAAUGUGAAAUUGCAGAUGCCAUCAACUUGGUUAAUAAAAAUAUACAGAAAUUGGGCUCCUACUUAUCUAUUAUAGUGGCCAAACACCAAAAGCCAAAGAAAGUAACACAGUACUGGAUUCCUUACACAUGUGGUGCAGUUGGUCUAUCUGUUUGUUCUAUGUGGCUCCUGAGGCAUAGUCGUUUGAUGGGAAGUCCUGAUAUUGACAAUUGGAUUCGUGAUGCAAAGGACUCAACUGUUAGCUUCUUUAAUGAACAUGUGGAGCAGCCACUUUUGUCUAUUAGAGAUGAACUUUUUGAUACAUUCAGGAAGAGACACAAAGGAGUGAUGGAGAUAGAAGAAGUGCAGCUGACUGCAAAUUCUUUGCACAGAAUGUUAUUGGCUUUUAGUGAGCAGACAAAAGGACAAAAGUUUCCAGAGAAUGCAUCAGAUCAGGAAAUGCUUGAAAUAGUUAUGGCAAGGUAUGAGAAAGAACUUAUGCACCCUAUUCAAAAUCUUUUAAGUGGGGAGCUUGCUCGCGCUUUGCUCAUCCAGGUUCAGAAGCUAAAACUAGACAUUGAGACGGCAAUGCUUGAACUGGAUCAGAUUCUCAAGGCAAAUGAAAUCAACUUUGCUAUUCUAGCUGCCUUGCCAGCAUUUUUUCUCUCUAUUAUUCUGCUAAUGUUAGUGCGUGCAUGGUUCAAACAGGACACUAAAGCAGAAGGCAGGGGAAGAAUUGCUCGGCGCCAAAGGAGGCUACUCUUAGUGGAAGUUGAAAAAAGGAUUUUGCAGUACCAAACAUUUGUUGACCAAGGACUGGAAAAGGAGUCGCAAUGCAUGUUUGGAUUGGUGUUAUACAGUUUGGAUCGCCUAUUUCAUGCUGUUGAGAGGCAUGCAAAGUCAACUGGUGAAUGGCAAAGUUUGAGGCAGGAUAUUAUUGAUCUGGGAAAACCCGGCCUUCAAACUACGUAUAAGCUUGUAGUGACAUCACGAAUGGAGCGUGUCUACGAGUGCUUGCUUCCUUCCUUAAAGCAGCGAUAGCCUUUUUUUUUUAAUUCUACUAAUGACCUCGCCUGGAAAUAAAUUAUGAAAAAGGGGAAAAAGCCUCUCUUAAUGUUGCUGUAUGCUUCAAUUUUGCAAGAAGCGUGUAGCAUCUCAAGUCAUGUGGUCGCUUGUACGACAAAGUAAGUGAUUUCUAGUUCACAUUUGUUUUCUCAUUUUGUUUUCCUUUGUCACACCAACAUUUCAUGAGCUUGUGUUCUGGGGUAAAUUUUAUCUUUUUGGCAACAUGACACGUCUUUUUGUGAUUCAAAGAAAUUUCUGUAGUCUAGUUUUAUUUUCCAUUUCAUAGUCGUUGUAAUCCUAUCUUCUUGUAAUGAUCUAUCCUAAUGAAAGUUAGGAGGGGAAAAAUCACAUUAUACAAUCAUUAUCAAUUUCUUUUAUAUUUUCCUGUA